UGAGGAUGCUGCAGCUGCGGUGGUUUUCGUCAAUCCGCAAAGGCAAAUCGGUGUCCAGCGCUCGAUGGCUGGCACGGCAGCAAAACGACCAUGUCGUCAAGCAAGCCAAGCGGGAAGGUCUCAGGUCCCGCGCCGCCUUCAAGCUACGUGAGCUCAAUGCGAAGUACGACCUCAUCCGCAAAGGAAACGUCGUCAUUGAUCUCGGAGCGGCCCCAGGCGGGUGGACACAGAUUGCCAUUGACGAAUGCCGCAAGGGUAACGUUAAUCCGCCAUCCGAUGCCCGUGUCCAAGUCGUGGCAGUGGAUUUGCUGCCAUUCGAUGCCUUCCCGGGUGUGGGUGUUGUUGUGGGCGACUUUCGACUUCCAGACGUGCGUGAGAAGAUCUCCGUGCUCCUCGAUGGGCGGAAGGCCGACGUUGUGCUCAGUGACAUGGCGCCGUCAUUCUCUGGUCUGGGCUUCCGAGACAGCGAGGAGCAACUGCGGCUGUGCCAGAACGCCCUGCGCAUGGCCCAGCUAUAUUUAAAACCUGGUGGUCGCUUCGUCUCCAAGAUCCUUCGAUCCCCCGCAGGCGACCAAUUCCGCCAAGAAAUGAAACCGUUUUUCACCGACGUCAAGACGUUCAAACCGGAAUCGUCCCGCACAGAGUCGGUGGAAAUCUUUGCCGUCGGGUUGGGCUUUCGAACGCCACCGCCGUAAUGCAAAUAUGGAUGUGUAUAUACUGUACCAUUACCCCAUAACCUGCCUGACACGAGGGAUGGAGAUUGAUUGAUUUACAGUCUGG